AUGAGCAACCAGAGGAGACCAGGCUGCGUCCGCCAGACGAGUCCUGAUGAACAACCCAAAGCCAAAGCUCGAGCAAAAACAAGUAGAAAGAAUGAAGCGCAGAAAAAGGACAAAGACGGUCAUGAAUGUGAAAGUGAAGACAAACUUCAAGAAACUCCUUUACUAAAACGGGGACGGAGCAAAAAGCAGAAAGAUGAUUCAAACGGAGAUAUUAAGUCUUUGGACAACUCCGAGAGCAAGUCUGAAAAAAAGCACGGUGAGAUAUCUAAAACAGCCUCUGUUAAUAAAGAAACAGGCGAGAAUGACAGACAAGACAGUGCAAAAAACAAACUAAAGAGUAAAAGAAAGACAACUCUUGACUGUGAAAGUGAAGGCAAAACUGAGCAGACCGCCAAUGGGAAGUCAGGCGAAAAAACAGCACCGAAACGACCGAGCAAAAAGGAGAAAGGUCAUCCAAACCAUGACAGAGAAGCAACACCAGAAAAUUCUGAAAGCAAAUUAGAGCAAAAAUCUACAGCAUCAUCUACAAGAAAUAAAUCUACUCCCAAAACCGGCUUCCCUGGAGCGAAAAACGCACGUGACGCUUCUCCAGCGGUCAGCGCGCGCAGCCCUGACCGCAAACCGAAAAGCACCGAAAAAACUGCAGUAAAAGACCCACUGGAAGACAUCCUUAAAGCAACUGUUGACAAAUUAACGAUCAAAAAAUCCGAGCGAUCUGAAGCAUCCAGAUGUGUUAAUGCCAUCACGGAGAAAGUCAUUGCACACCUGAAACAAGACACGACCUGGUGUGCAGAUGUCGAGCGCUUACGAACGGGAAGUUAUUACGAAAACCUUAAAAUUUGUGAACCGGAUGAAUUUGACGUGAUGCUGACCGUUCCUGUGGAGAGAGUGGACAUUCAGAUGUUCGAUGAGGCUGGAGCAUUUUACAGUAUUGCACUGAAACGGCACCCAAACAAACAUCCCCUGGACAAAUUCCUAAAUGAAGACAAGACCAUUCAGGCCAGCGACAUGCUGAAUGAAUUCAGAGAUGCCGUUAAAAAAGCUGUGGAGAAGGCUACAGACCUCCCGUACGAAAUUAAAAUUUUGAGAAAAAAGCCGAAGUGUCCUGCAGUGACACUAGAAGUGACAGAAGGUAGGAAGAAAAUUUCUGUCGACUUUGUUCUUGGUCUUAAAGUUCACCGUGCAAGCUGGCCAGACUUUACAAAGGAUGGCUUCAAAGUAGAGAACUGGCUUGGUAAAAAGGAGAAAGCUAAUAUGAAACGUCAGCCAUUCUACCUGGUGCCUAAAUAUGAGGGGAUGGGAAAUGCAGAGCAUGAUGGAGUUGUUGCAAAAGAUUCCUGGCGAAUCUCUUUUUCACACAUCGAAAAAGAAAUUUUAAAUGAACAUGGCCACACCAAGAUAUGCUGUGAGGGACGUGGACAGAAAUGUUGCCGGAAAGUGUGUCUAAAACUUCUGAAGUAUCUUCUACAACAGCUCAAAAAUGAUAGCUCCAAAUCCACUAAGAUGUCCAGUUUUUGCUCUUAUCAUGCAAAGACCACCCUGCUCCACGCUUGUGCUUUAAGAGCAACUGACAGCGAGUGGGCUUACGAUCAGCUAGUCAACUGUUUUAAGCAGCUUCUGGAAGAUUUUGUCAAACACCUAAGAAAUCAUCAACUCCCAAACUUCUUCAUUCCAUCCCACAACCUCUUAAAUCAUGUCUCCAUUAGCAACUGUGAUUUCCUGGCGAAAGAAAUUGAAUUUCAACUGAACAAUACAUUUCCUAUAUUCAGUUAUAGGGCACCUAUUCUGCAAAAUCCAGGUGUUUGAACAGAAAUGUGUUGGAAUUGUGUACGCAGCCAUCUUAAAAUAAUAAAUUCAUCUAGUCUUUUUUUUAAAUCUAAAAAAUAUAUAAUAAAAAUAAAAGUAAACCAGGAUCCAUUGAUCCCGAGACCAUCCAUAACGUGACAUCACAGUGAUAUUAUACCCACCCACUGCUAUUGAAAGACAGGCAUUUAUCAGUGUCACCUCAGUCAGCUCUGUGAGGCAAACCAUGACAGGAUUUGCAAAGAAACUGAGAUUAAAGUAUUUUCAACUAUCUGUGAACCAACUUCCAGUUGUAGUGGCAGACUUUGUAUUUUUUAUAGAAUUUUGAACAAAUAAAUUUAGUUUAUAAAGUUUAUAAAUAAACGGCAAAUGGGGUGAAAACUAGCGUCGUCUUACAGUAAAUGUCAUGCAUUUACUCUUACUGCACUUUGAUUGCCAUGUAAGUCAUAACCAUACAAAUCACGUCACUGGGCUAUGCUUCUGAAGCGGACAUGCCCAAACACUGCUCUAUUUGCAUUUAAAGGCAUACCCACAAAAUCAGAUCACUCUGGCCAAAGGUUUCAACAGGGUUACAUAAAUGAUCUAAAGAUAAAAGUUCAGACACAUUCUGGAAACACCAAAGACUUGUAUUACAUUUUUGCAAAAAGGGUGCCCUUUCGUGAUUGAUUUUCUUCUAAUUAUGCAUUAUUUAUAAACAUGUUGUGCUUUUAU